AUGAAAGGUUCCAGCUGCAUCACUGUUCCAAAACCUGUACGGACGUCACAGAAGAACAGUGGCAAAGGACGGAUUUUGAUACUUGGCUUCAUUGUUCGUUGGACGAGUGAGAUGUCACAAGAUAGUGUAAGAUCAUCCACAACUGUUGGCUCUGCUUCUGGAGCUAGAACAUUCUGCUCCCUAGAAGAUUUAUCAGCCAAAAAGUGUGUGCCAUGCAACGCUAAGGAUCUGCGUCCCAUGACCGAACAAAGUGCUCAAGACCUACUUCAAAAGGUUGCUGGAUGGGAUUUGGCUAAUGACAAUGGUACAUUGAAGCUGCAUCAGUCGUGGAUUGUGAAAAGUUUUACGAAAGGACUAGAUUUCUUCAAACGUGUAGCUGAUAUUGCUGAAUCAGAAGGUCAUCACCCGGAUUUGCAUCUAGUCGGCUGGAAUAAUGUAAAAAUCGAGAUAUGGACACAUGCAAUAGGUGGCUUGACGGAAAACGACUUCAUUCUUGCUGCUAAGAUCAACGAUCUCCAACUGGAAGAUCUUCUGCGGAAGAAGAAAGUUGCGAAGUGA